UCCCUUCCCCUCCCUCCGUCACUCUUGCUUGUUCUCAUCCCCCGUCCAAACAAAAUAAAAGAGAAAGCAGCGUUUUUUGACACUGACAUUUCAUCAUCUACCUGCGUGUGCGGAUGCCCAUAGCCAUAUACAGGAUAUAUAUAUAUAUAUAUAUCAUUAUACCCAGUACACCACAUAUCCCCCUGCAAGGAGAUAGCUCUUAAUUUGCUACCUCUACUUGUACACCAUAUACUAAUGACAAAGGUAUUCCCAAACGCCGUAUCCUCCUCCUCCUCCUCCUCCUCCUCGUCUACGCCUAGCAGUAGCAGUAGCAGCAGCAGCAGCGAUUAUAUUGAUCAGACUGUGCUCACUGUGUGGAAGAAAUCCAUGUUGCUAAACUGCGAUGGGUUUACCGUGUUUAACGCCACGGGUAAUUUGGUUUAUAGGGUCGACAACUAUAUCGCAGGCAAUAAAGGCGAGAUCCUUCUCAUGGACGCCGCAGGCAACCCUGUGUUCACCAUCCGACGCAAGAGAUUGAGGCUAGCACUAGCAGACAGCUGGGUGGUUUACGAGGGGGAAACGGGCGUGAAUCCCCGAUUUUCCGCGAGGAAGAACGUACUGAAUCGACUUAAAUCCAAGCGCUUGGCUCGCGUGGAAGUGGAAGGAUCGUCGGGUAUGGGUAUGGGUAUGUAUGAUAUCGAGGGUUGCUACGGGAAAAGAUGUUGUGCGGUGUACGACGAGAAGAGGAGAUUAGUGGCGGAGAUCAAACGCAAGGAGGCAGCGGGAGGGAUGAUCUUCGGGAUGGACGUAUUCCGCCUCCUGGUACACCCUCAGAUUGACACCGCAAUAGCCAUGGCGCUGCUCAUCCUACUGGACCAGAUGUUUGGAUCUUCCUCCUAUCCAUCAUUUUAAUUUAAUUUCCACCUCUUCUACUCUAUCGAAAUAAACCACAUCUGCUCGCUCACUACUUGUAUAUGUCAUCCGCAGCACAAUAGCUGUCUUUGCUUCUCACUUUUUUCUUUUUGGCUUUUGCCUCUUCAGUCUUCACAUAACAACACAUUCGGUUUUCGGUUUCUAUGUAUAUGUUGGUGUUUUCGGUUUCAAUGUCUAUCAUACUACACUGCCCAAGACUUUAUCUCUAUGCUAAAGUACAAGUUACAACUAUUGAAAAAUCCA